AUGGCAAACAUUCUCAUACUCGCGACCGCCCUCGUCGGUCUGUUGCGCACUGUCCAAGGCUUACCGACACCCCAUGUACAACGUAACAGCGAUCUUGUGUGGGGCAACUGUACCUAUUUUGAAUAUGCAACCGAGCUCUACGGAAAGGUUGAUGCUCCUCACGAAUGCGCCAUCCUCCAAGUUCCCCUGGACUACACCAACCCUAGCAGCACUGAAACGAUCAGCCUGGACCUGAACAGAGUCAAAGCUAGCGCCAAGAAGGUGCUUGGGAGCCUGAUUGUGAAUCCGGGAGGUCCAGGCGGAUCUGGUUUGAAAUAUGUCGCGCACAGCUGGGCUAGCCUCCUGAUGCAGUCUGGUGGACAAUACGACAUCAUCAGCUUCGACCCGCGUGGAAGUGGCAGGCUCUGCCAGCACUAUACUGUGGCCAAGAAAAGGAUCAGUGGCCUCCUCAGAAACGUCACGACCAACAUCCCAGGUCUGACAAUUCAACCGAUGUGA